ACCCCUACAGAACCACUCAAAGCAAAAGCUUCAUACCAAAGAUCAUGUUCCUGGCUGCAGUAGGCAGGCCAAGGUAUGGGGAGGGUGGAGAUGUGUUAUGGGAUGGGAAAAUAGGCAUUUUCCCAUUCACUUUUGAACAGGCAGCGCAAAGGUCUAGUAAAAACAGGCCUGCAGGGACAUUGGAAACAAAGGCUGAACCAACUGUGAAUAGAGAUGUUAUGAAGAGAAUGUUACUGACUAAUUUGAUACCUGCAAUUAAGCAGAAAUGGCCUGGGUCAUCAAGGGAUAUUAUUAUCCAACAAGAUAAUGCUAAGCCUCAUGUGGAUGGCAAUGACCCUGAAAUUGUUGCUGCUGCUCAAGAAGGGGACUGGAACAUUCAACUGAAAUUCCAGCCCCCCAACAGCCCUGAUUUAAAUGUACUUGAUCUAGGAUUUUUUAGAUCCAUUGACUCAGUACAAGACCAAACAGCUCCUAGGUCAUUGACAGACUUGGUUAAGUUUGUCACAACAGCCUUUGAAGAACUAUCACAUGACAAACUAAACAAUGUCUUCUUAACUCUACAAGGGGUGAUGGGUGAGAUACUCAGUCAUAAUGGAGGAAACCAAUUCAAAAUUCCUCAUAUGGGAAAAAGCGCUAUUAAAAUGCUCAUCGAUACUUCCCCUUCCCCACCAAAUUUGGUCUCUACAGUAAUUGAGAAAAAUGUUGAAUCUCUUGAUCAAGAAUCCAAGGUGGACUCAAGCGUAGAUUCACAGGUAGGAGAUGACGAGGACAGUGCACUCGGAGCUAUGAAGGAAGAUGAGGAGUCUAAAGUCAUGGAAAAAGAUGAUAGUGCUAGUGUUGCAGAUGUUGUUAAUGUCUACGCACUUAAUCCCACAUCAAAUGAAUUUUUUGUGCCAAUAAAAGUCUCGGCGGGUGUGGUCAUUGCAAAAUUUGAUGUUCCCGAUAUUAUUGACAAUGUGGUAGAUGCAGAUAAUAAGCAAGCGGAAAACCCCAUUUCAUUUGACAUCAUUAAGUUGUGUGACAUUGCCGAUGUGGUCAAGAUGCUGCACCUAGUUUCAUUGAGCGAACCUACAUGUGGCAUUGACUCUAUCUCACAGGCCCCUCAGUUUACUCCAAGUUCGAACAUGGUUGAAAAUUCAAGGAAUGGGCCGCUCCUUUGGUUUAGCAUUAUCUCUCCCGUGCAGAAACACGAGUGGGAGCCUCCACCUUGAGGACAAGGACUUAAACUUUUUUAUUCCCUAAAUAGGACUUAAUAAUGACCUUGUGGAAGG